AACACCGGCCAGAGAAGUGACUGAUUUGAACGCGGAAGCUGUCAUUAACGUGAUUUUGUAGUCGGCACCCAGCAGUAAACAUGAUUUAAGCCGUCAGUAAUUAUUAGCCGUGACUGUCAGUUUAUUAAAAUAAAGCCAAGACUAUUUAUCGAGCAGAUAUGUCGGACAGCAGCGGUUCAGUCGGCCUGUUUUCCUAUGAAACACUGGUUCAUGCAGUGGCAGGUGCGAUGGGCAGUGUUACAGCAAUGGCAGUGUUUUUCCCGCUGGACACAGCCAGAAUCAGACUUCAGGUGGAUGAAAACCGUAAGUCUCAGUCCACCCCCAUCAUUCUGGCUGAGAUCGCCAAGGAGGAGGGCGUAUUGUCUCUGUAUCGGGGCUGGUUCCCGGUCAUUUCCAGCCUGUGCUGCUCUAACUUUGUCUACUUCUACACGUUCAACACGCUGAAGAGGGUGAUGGUGACCGACCGCUCCAGACCCAGCACAGAUCUGCUCAUGGGCUUCAUAUCAGGAGCGGUCAAUGUUUUGCUGACGACGCCAAUGUGGGUGGUGAACACACGGCUGAAGCUCCAGGGCGCAAAGUUCAGGAAUGAAGAGCUCCACCAGACCCACUACAAGGGCAUAUUUGAUGCCUUCUCUCAGAUCAUCGCUCACGAGGGAGUCGGGACGCUGUGGAACGGGACGCUGCCAUCUCUCGUGCUUGUCUUUAACCCUGCUGUGCAGUUCAUGUUUUAUGAGGCCAUGAAGCGAAAAGCCGGACGAGGAGGACGAAAGAUCUCCUCGUUCGAGAUCUUUCUCAUCGGUGCCAUCGCUAAAGCUAUCGCAACAACUGCGACGUAUCCUCUGCAGACGGUUCAGGCUAUUCUCAGGUUUGGCCAGUAUAAAUCAGAUGAUAAAGGUGGGCUGGUGGGCAGCCUGAGGAAUGUGGUUUCUUUGUUAAUGGACCGGAUCAAGAGACACGGGCUGCUCGGUCUGUACAAAGGUCUGGAGGCGAAGCUGCUUCAGACAGUGCUGACGGCGGCGCUCAUGUUUGUGGUGUACGAGAAGAUCACCGCCGCCACAUUCAGACUCAUGGGCCUUCAGAGGAAACUCAAGCACUGACAACACACACUCUAGCCUUCAGUGCUGAGAGACUGACCCACCACUACCUCUCUAACACACACACACACAUUGGUCUUAGUGGUUUAUGAGGACUCUCCAUAGGCUUGAUAUGCUUAAGUUUAAACAGCUAGGGCUGACCUAAGUGCUGUACAUAAACACAAAUAGAAAUAACUGCAUAAUGAAGCAUAAUAACAGCAGAUUAUUACUUGUUCAAAGCUAAACAAGUGAGUUUAAAGAAGAGAUUUAAAAACAGCUAAAGAGGUAGCCAUUUGAGUUACAGGCAAACUCUUCCAGAAACGUGGACCCAGCACUGAAAAAGAAAAUAACACCACCAUAAUGUAUUUUAUUAAUUAUAAACCGCUUAUAUUGCCCUACCCCUAAAUUAGGGCUGCACAAUAUAUCGCUAAAUUAUCGUUAUCGCAGAUAAUAGUAUGUGCAAUAUAUGUAUCGCAGAUAUGUGUGAUUAAUUACAUUCAUGCACUGGCUGUUGAUCUAAAGUUGACCAAUCAGAUGGGGCAUUGCUAUCUAUAGCCCCGCCUUCUCAAUAGUUGCUGUUCUGCUAUUGGCUGGAGAGUCCUAAAGAUGAAAUGAAUCACUAAUGGUCGGAAAAUGAUAGCAGCCAAUCAGUGUCAGCAUAUCUGCGGAGGUUUUCACUCAUUCAUAGUGUUUUAAAGGCUAACCGUUUGCCCCAGUUUGAGUCUGAAUUAGAAUUAAUUAGAUCUAUGAGGUAUAUUUUACCUGUUUACUCUAAUGUUAUUAGAUAAACACAUGAUUUUAAAACAGGUGAUAAAAGUAGCAUUUUUCUAGGGAAAUGUUGUAUCGUAAGAAAUAUCGUUAUAGCAAUACUCAACACUAACAUCUCGUAUUUGUCCAGCAUUGUGCAGCCCUAGCUUCCUAUUGAAAUACUAUUAAAUACAUUCUUUAAAAACAGAGCUAAUAAAUAAAAUAGCAUUUUUUCUAUUUUAUCAUAAUAAUCAGCAACAUGAUCGCAUAUUUUAAUAAUAUAAUUCACUAUAAACGUGAAAAGACCUUGUUCAACCUGAUUUUUAACUGUUUUGAUACACGAGGACACAAGGCAUGUCCUCUUAAACCACCUAAAUGGAGUAUAUGUAGCUCAUGUCAUUAUCCGAAUUUCUGUUCUUGUAAACCACCAAAACCAGUACACACACACACACGUCCCCAAUCUGUAUGUAUACAAAACCAGUACACACACACACACACACACACACACACACACACACACACACACACACACUUACAUAUAUAUAUAUAUAUAUCCCAUCAGCCAUCACAACACAGGUCAGUUUAAAGAAAAAAAUCUUAAGUUUUACGCACUUUUAGUUUUUAACAUGUUACUUUUUUUUUUUGAAAUGUUUACAUGAUCAUGUUACUGAUGUUUAACAUCAUGUAGAGCUAAAAGGCUAAAUCUGUGCCACACGAGUCUUACGUUAUUUCUAAAGCAUUCGUUUUUCUGAGUUUAAAGGGGUAGUUCACUCAAAAAUGAAAAUUCUCACCAGUUACUUGGUUCUAAAAUGCUGGGAAUAAAAUAGUUAUUAACUCUUUCCAUCGACGUAUCCUACCUUUUUUGCGUAUUAUUAUUAUUACCUUAAUUAAUUAAUAAUUAUUAAUAAUAUUGCGCAUUAUUAGUCUUGUAUGUUGUUACAAUGGAAAUGUACAAUGGCUGUUUUUACUCCAGCAUUCUUCAGAAUAUCUUCCUUGGUAUUCAACAGAAGAUACUCAAAUAGUGGAGGAUGAGUAAAUGAUGACAGUUACCUUUUUUUUGUGUGAACCAUCUCUUUAAAGAUGAUCAUGAAGUCAAAACAAAGCCAUUCCUGAUCAGCGCUGUUACUGUUAACUAAACUAUUUUCACGAUUUUAGACAAAGUAAAAGGUAGCUAUGCACAUUAAAUGAACUGAAUGUAUAUUAUAUUAUUCAUAUUGAGCACAUCGUAAUGCCAUACUCUAAUCCUGCUUUUGGAUGACCCUGAAUACUAUAAUACAUUUAUUUGGUGUUUAUAUUUUAGUUGGGAGUAACGAAUAACUUAGUAACCUUGUUAAAACAAUUAUAUCUUUAAUCUUUAAUUAAAAUACUCAUUGGAUAAACCCUGGAGUGUUACUAAGGGUUAUUUAUUACAAGACUUUAAAAACAACAACAUAUACACUCACAGGCCAAUUUAUUAGGUACACCUUAUUAGUACGGGGUUGGACCGCCUUUUUCCUUCAGAACUCCUGUACUACUACAUCCCAAAGGUGCUUUAUUGGGUUAAGAUCUGCUGACUGUGGAGGCCAUUUGAGUACAGUGAACUCAUUGUCAUGUUCAAGAAACCAGUCUGAGAUGAUUCACACUUUAUGACAUGGUGUGUUAUCCUGCUGGAAGUAGCCAUCAGAGGAUGGAGACACUGUGCUCAUAAAGGGAUGGACAUGGUCAGCAACAAUACUCAGGUAGGCUGUGGCCCAAAGUGUGCCAAGAAAAUAUCCCCCACACCAUUACACCACCACUAGCAGCCUGAACCGCUGAUACAAGGCAGGAUGGAUCCAUGUUGUUGAUGACAAAUUCUGACCCGACCAUCUGAAUGUGGCAGCAGAAAUCGUUCUCCUCUGGCCUCAACAAGGCAUUUGCGCCCACAGAACUGCCGCUCACUGGAUAUUUCCUCUUUUUCAGACCAUUCUCUGUAAACCCUAGAGACGGUUGUGCGUGAAAAUCCCAGUAGAUCAGCAGUUUCUGAAAUACUCAGAGCAGCCCGUCUGGCACCAACAACCAUGCCACGUUCAACGUCACUUAAAUCCCCUUUCUUCUCCAUUCUGAUGCUCAGUUUGAACUGCAGCAGAUCGUCUUGACCAUGUCUACAUGCCUAAAUGCAUUGAGCAGCUGCCAUGUGAUUGGCUGAUUAGAAAUUUGCAUUAACAAGCAGUUGGACAGGUGUACCUUAUAAAGUGGCCGGUGGGUGUAUGUUAUAAUCAAUGUCAAUAAAGUCACCAUAUAUGAUUACACAACAAAUAAACCACUUACAUUACGUGCAUAACAGUUGGCCAGAUUAACCACUAAUAUUAUCUUGUUAGCAGCUAAUAUUAUUAAGCAAUAAAUGGAUCUAGAAAUGACCCUCACAGUGCAUCUAAAAUGUUUUAUAGUACUUUUUUAUUAUUAAAAAGUAGCAUAAAAUAAUAAAUAAUAAAAGAGUGAACUUGAAAAGUGAAAAAUGUCAACGUGAGACAUCAGAAUUGUAACGUAUUACUGUAAUCAUUAUUAGAAAGUGGCUAAUGAUAAUAAUAAUAAUAAUAAUAAUAAUAGCACUCAAUUGGUAUGGCGCUUAAGAUAAUAUAGUAUUAAAAACAGGCUAAUCUAUUUUUGUCUUCAACUGUACAAUAAAAAUUGAUAUCCAGUGUAAAAUCUGGGCCUUGCAGGAAAAAGAUGAGCAAUAACGUACAUAGAGGAUGUUGAAUUUAUUGCAUUAGCAUAACUCUCCAAUUAUAAAGAAAAGACUUCAAACAUUUUUAUUUACAUGUACUUACAAGCUAGCUAUAGCAAUUCGGCAUUAAUGAAAGGCAUUUUCAACACAUUAUAGUGUAAACAUGAGCUUGAGGACAAGAUUAUUCACACCAGAUCUGCCUUAAAUGAAUGUCUGACCUGCUGUGUGUCAAUGAAGACCGUAUACUGGACAACAAAACAGUUUACAUGAAGAAAUGGCUACUAAAACUUUGUACUAGAGUUCUUUUGUUUUAACAUUUUAAAUAGCGUAUAUUUUUAUCAUUUAAUUUUGUCCUAUAACUCAUUAUUUCACUGUACGUGCACUUUUUUGGCAUGUUUUUAUGAAUUGAAAUCUGCAUAUGAAUGCUAAUAAAGAUUGAAGAAAUCCUGCUCA